AUGUAUUGGGAGAGUAAUGAGGAUACCCACAAUUUGUUAGUAGCUAAAUCUAUGCGACGGAACCGGUUUGAAGAAAUUUUACGAUACUUUCAUGUGGCCGAUAACUCAAAUUUAGCGCCAGGUGACAAAAUGGCCAAAGUGCGCCCCUUGUUUGAUAUGCUCAAUAAAAAAUUUUUACAAUAUGCUGUGAUUGAAAAAGAUAUUAGCAUAGAUGAAUCUAUGAUUCCUUAUUACGGCAGGCAUGGGUGUAAACAGCACAUAAAAGGAAAACCUAUCAGGUUCGGUUUUAAAACUUGGGUAGCAGCUUUGCGACUGGGAUAUUGCUUGCAUGCUGAUCUUUACCAGGGUAAAUCUGAAGGAGUCAGGAUCGGUUUAGGCCAACAUAUCGUAAGUAAACUUAUGACGGAGAUCAAAGCUGCCUACGAAAAUACAAAUUUCUCUGUUUAUGUCGAUAAUUUUUUUUACAGGGUUACCCCUAAUUACUCAAAUGAAAGAACAAAAUGUUCUAGUAACGGGUACUGUAAGAAAUAA